CUUUCUGUUGAUACUCGAUCUCUUAUCUCUUUUUUUCCUCUCGUUUGCUUACCACAUUCUCUUAUUUUAUCAAAAUGAAGCCUGAUGAUUCCUGUAUCAUCGGAUUAGAAGAAACAGUCAUAGAAACUGAUGAAGACGUGACAAGACAUAGCUUACAAAGCACUCCAAGCACAGAAAGUACUUGCGAUAAUGAAAGUACGGACAAUGAAGAAAAGGAACCAUACACAGCAUUUUCAAUACCACAGCAAAUCUUAUUUUUAACCAUUACGGCUUUUACCGCCAUGAUGUCUCCUCUGACUGCAAAUAUAUAUUUGCCUUCACUAAAUCAAAUACAACGAGAUUUGUCGAUAUCUACUGAAAAAGUCAAUCUGACUGUAACCGUCUACAUGCUUGUGCAAGCCCUCUCGCCUUCUUUUUGGGGGACCUUGGCAGAUAGCCUAGGCAGACGGCCUAUUUUAAUGGGCACCAUGUUUGUUUACUGUGGUGCUUGUAUAGGCUUGGCUCUCACCCCCAACUAUAUUGCUCUUAUUUGCUUCCGAAUGUUACAAGCGUUCGGAUCAAGUUCAGUGAUCGCUGUCGGUGCUGGUGUAUUAAGCGACAUUGCAGAUAUUAAACGACGCGGAUCUUACUUUGGUAUUUACUCUAUCGGUCAGUCAUCUGGUCCUGUCUUUGGCCCAGUCCUUGGUGGAAUCAUUGCAGAUACGCUAGGCUGGAGAUGGGUCUUUUGGAUCCUCUUGAUUAUCGGUGCUAUUUCCUUGGCAUCCGUAGCCCUUAUUUUACCUGAAACUCUUCGUGCACUCGUAGAUAACGGCUCCGGGUAUGCAAAUCCUACAAUCUGGCAGUGGUACGCGCGUCGGCACGGAAAACUGGACGAAAAACGUAUACAGGAAGUCAAAGCACGCUGUAACAAACGUCCGCCCAUGAACUUUUUCAAGCCAUUUACGUACCUUUUUCAACCUGACGUCUUUAUCAUCAUACUAUAUAACGGCAUAAAUUAUGCUGGGUUCUAUUGCUACUUGACUUCGACAACGAAGCAAUUUAGUAUUUAUUUUCCAUAUCUAUCGGAACUCGAGAUUGGCCUCUGUUUUCUAUUUCAAGGAAUUGGUGUCAUCCUUGGGUCCUUCGUUAGAGGACACAUUUUGGAUUACGACUAUAGGAAAACAAAAGAAGCGUUCAAGGAAAAGCACCCGGAUCAACCGGAUACAGAAAUGCCUAUUUACAUGGCUCGCUUUAAAAAGGCCUGGAUACACAUUUUGUUCUUUCACACCAUUACAUUUCUUUAUGGCUGGUGUUUUCAAUGGGGCACGCCUUUGUAUGGAAUACUAAUCCUUCAGUUCUUUGUGGGGCUCAAUUACAGUGCUAUUAGUACCACCACACAAACCAUCUUGAUUGAUUUAUUUCCUGGAAAAGGUGCUUCCAUUACUGCUUCAAAUAAUUUAAUACGUUGCUUAUUAGGUGCGGUGUCAGCUCUCUUUAUUGAUAUUGGUAUUGAAGGUCUUGGUAUCGCUUGGAUGUUCACAGUUGUUGCCUCGAUAAUGACAGUAUCCAAUAUCUGCAUACCUAUCUUAUUGAUUUUUGGAUCAGCUUGGAGGAGAAAACGAACGGAAAGAUCACAACAGGACAAAACUUGAUCAAGUAUUAUACCCUGCUCUUCUAUAGCGUGUAAUGUAUAGCUUCAUAGCUAUAUCCGAAUAUAAUUGUAACGAGUAAUUAUUUGCAUACGCUUACACUACUUUACAAGAGCGCAAUUAUAAAAUAUAAUCAGAAAC